AUGGAUAAUGAUACCAAGGAUGAUGUAGAGACAAAGGACGAGGUUUUUGAAGACACAAUUGAGGGCCACGAGUCCUUGCCGACACAAGCGGAAAUUGAGGAACCACAAACGAGUCAAGUCCUGCUACCUUCAAGAGACCCGAUUCAAACAUGCUUACAACUAAACCUGCUGUCUAUCCCACUAUCACAAACAAGUAAAUCGGCAAACGACACCGCAAAUGAACCGGAAUUCUUGCAGAAGAUAUCUACAGUGCUGACCAGUUACGACAAGUCAACCUCGAAUUAUCUCUUGCAGUCGAAACAUAACAUUUUGUCGCUCAAGUUCAAAGACAAGGACUCUGUAACACAAAGAACACUCGAAGAUGGUGCAUUGAAUAUCAAGAAUACAUUUAGCAAUAUCAAGAAUAUAGUCGGCGGUAUGAGCCAAGUCAACUCCCCUUAUAAGAUUGACUGGGAUUUCUGGACUUGGGUUGUUGAUGACUACGACUAUAUUGUCAACAAUAAGCUGGACCAGUUGAACGAAUUAAUAGCACAGGGUAUCCCCAGUGAAAUCAGAGGUAUAAUAUGGCAAAUCGUCACCAAAUCCAAGGACUCCAACUUGGAAGAUUUGUAUAGGUCUCUCAAACAUGAAAGUUCUAUUCACGAGAAGGCAAUCAAGCGAGACCUUACCAGGACAAGCUUCUUUACAAACAUUGACGCAGUGAACAAGGCCGAUGAGUUGUACAACGUUAUCAAGGCUUAUUCCUUGUAUGACCCUGAUGUAGGGUACACCCAGGGAAUGAUAUUUAUAGCGGUUCCCUUGAUUAUGAAUAUGCACGAAAGUGAAUGUUUCUGUCUCUUGGUGCUCUUGAUGAAAGAAUACCAAUUAAGGGAACUAUUUUGUCCCGAGAUGAAAGGGUUGCAUUUGUUGUUAUACCAGUUUGACUGUCUUUUAGCCAAAAACGUGCCUACAUUGUACAACCAUUUGGUGAAACAAGGUAUCAAGUCUUCAAUGUAUGCAAGUCAAUGGUUUCUCACGUUUUUCGCUUACAAAUUCCCCUUGGACAUUGUGUUGCGGAUCUACGAUGUGAUCAUUACGGAAGGAAUGGAGUCGAUUCUAAAGUUUGCAGUCAAUUUAAUGGUCCAGAACGAAGCAAGUUUACUUGCUUUAUCUUUUGAUAAGCUCUUGGAGUUUUUAAAAGAUAAAUUGUUUAAUGUUUAUGUUAACCCAGCAUUUAUAAAGAAUACAAAGCACGAUAGUAAAGUGCUGUCGCCAACAAAGUUUAGUGCAAUACUUACAAGGAGAGUAUCACACACUUCUUCGGCAGGGUCGAUACCAUCUCCUACAUCUUCAAAUAAAAAAAAUGGCGAGACAAAUCACCAUUCUUUCAGCAAUAGCAAUACCAUAACCUCCCCCACUUCCACCACCACUUUUUCUUCUUCUUCUUCUCCUUCAUCAUCAUCAUCGUCGCCAUCAAGUUAUUAUCAACUUGAUGAGUUUGUUCAAGAUGCAAUGAAGAUUAACAUUGAUCCUAUGGACUUGACGAAAUUUGAAAAUAGAUUUAACCAAUGUUUUGAAGAAGAAAAGGCCAAGUUACUGGAUAUUAAACAAGUGAAAAUCGAGAAUGGAAAGCUUCGACACGAGUUGAAGCAAUUGGAAUUUGAAUAUGCCAACCUCGAACGUGAUCACGUAGAUCUUAUGCAAGGCUUGGUUGAUCUCAAAGUCACAUUACCGGAAGUUCUUAGUGCCAAUGAAGAGAGUCGAGCCAAAAUCAAUAAACUUGAACAGGAAAUCAAAGAGUUGGAGCUGAAGACAGAGUCAUCUGACCAACAUGAUGUUCCAGCAUCAAUCGAGGAAAAGAUCAAGGAAUUGUUAUUGGUGAAUGCAGAAGAGGUAGAGUUGACGGCAAAUUUGGAAGAUGAAUUGGCCACGCUUGUAGAAGAGGAAUACCAAUUGGAUCAAGAGUUGAAAAAGCACAACCAAGGAUGGUUUAAAUGGAGUUCGUAA